CAAAAACGGCUGUGGCAGUUGGGACCCUUUCUUUCCUUGGGGCCUUCUUCCCAUAUUACACAGUCAAUGAUGAGGCUGUUUCUAUGGCAUUAAAGGUCACUGCUUCUGUCCUUUCACCUACUGCCUUUGCUUUGGGAUCGGUCAACUUUGCUGACUAUGAACGUGCUCAUGUUGGACUUCGUUGGAGCAACAUCUGGCGUGAGUCAUCUGGAGUUUCUUUUUUGGUCUGUCUCCUGAUGAUGUUGUUUGACACAGUAGUGUAUUGUGGAAUGGGCCUUUACCUGGAUAAGGUCCUUCCAAAGGAGAAUGGCAUACGUUAUCCAUGGAACUUCAUGUUUCAGAUAUCCUUUUGGAGGAAGAGAAGUACCAGUGGUCGUUCCUGUACAGUAGAAAAAUUAGCUGACCAUCAUGUAAAGCAAGAGACUAGUCCUGUUGAGGAUGUACAUAACCCAGCUGUAGAAGCAAUGAGCUUAGAAAUGAGGCAACAAGAGCUUGACAACCGAUGCAUUCAGAUUAGAAAUUUGCACAAGGAGUUUCUGACAAAAAUGGGGACAUGUUGUGCUGUAAAUUCUUUGCAGCUAAAUCUGUAUGAGAACCAGAUUCUUGCUCUUCUUGGACAUAAUGGAGCUGGAAAGAGCACGACAAUAUCCAUGCUUGUUGGUCUUCUUCGUCCUACUUCUGGAGAUGCAUUGAUAUAUGGAAAGAGCAUCUUGACUGACAUGGAUGAGAUACGGAAGAGUUUGGGUGUCUGUCCUCAACAGGACAUUCUUUUUCCAGAGCUAACUGUGAAGGAGCAUUUGGAAAUAUUUGCCACCAUAAAGGGCGUCGAUGAAGACUCUAUUGAUAGUAGUGUCACUGAAGUGGUGGAUGAAGUGGGACUUGCAGAUAAAAUUGGUACUACUGUCAAGGCUCUUUCUGGAGGUAUGAAGAGAAAAUUGUCCCUUGGGAUUGCACUGAUCGGAAAUAGUAAGGUUAUUGUUCUUGAUGAACCUACAAGUGGAAUGGAUCCAUAUUCAAUGCGAUUGACGUGGCAAUUUAUAAAAAGAAUUAAGAAAGGAAGGAUAAUAUUGUUAACAACUCACUCCAUGGAUGAAGCUGAUGUACUGGGAGAUCGCAUAGCCAUCAUGGCUAAUGGUACUCUGAAAUGCUGUGGAAGUUCCCUUUACCUGAAGCACCAGUAUGGGGUUGGUUACACUCUUACCUUGGUAAAGUCCGCACCAUGUGCUUCUCCAGCUGCUGAUAUUGUGUAUCAACAUAUUCCAUCUGCAACAUGUGUGAGUGAGGUUGGAACUGAAAUUUCCUUUAAGCUUCCACUGUCAUCCUCAUCUUCAUUUGAGAGCAUGUUUCGAGAAAUAGAGCAGUGUAUGAGAAGAUCAAAACCCAAUGCUGAAGCUAGGGGUCAUGAGAAUGACGACAAUAUUGGUGUUGAGAGCUAUGGUAUAUCUGUCACAACUUUAGAGGAAGUGUUCCUGAGAGUAGCAGGGGGUGACUUUGAUGAGGCUGACUGCUUUAAGGAGAACAAUUCUGCAGCUUCAUCUGAUUCUAAUGUUUCUGGAUCUUGUCAAAGUCUUAAGCCACAUCCAGAUCAGCAGUCAAUAACUUUCACAACCUCACACUUUAAUCCUCUCCUGAGUGGUGGUGGAGGUGGAGGUCCUAUACCUUUUGAUCUCUCAUGGCCUAUUGCUCAGGAGGUUGCAAAGCAUCUGAAAGGGGGCUGGAUCCAGAGGGUAAAAAAGACUCUGUAUAAGUUCCCUGACUCUGAAAUGGCAUUGAAUGAUGCUAUUCAGGCUGCAGGGCCCACUUUGGGACCAGCCCUUCUUGAAAUGAGUGAAUAUCUAAUGUCCAGUUUUAAUGAAUCUUAUGAGUCAAGGUAUGGAGCAAUUGUAAUGGACAAUCAGACUGAUGAUGGGAGGGUGGGUUAUACUGUCCUGCAUAAUAGUUCUUGCCAGCAUGCUGCUCCAACAUUUAUCAAUCUGAUGAACUCAGCAAUACUCAGGCUGGCUACCCUCAACGAGAAUAUGUCAAUAACGACACGGAAUCAUCCUCUGCCACUGACAGAAAGUCAGCAUCUGCAGCGUCAUGAUCUUGAUGCGUUCUCAGCUGCUAUUGUUGUUAACAUUGCCUUUUCAUUUAUUCCGGCCUCUUUUGCUGUGGCUAUUGUGAAGGAACAUGAAGUAAAAGCCAAGCAUCAGCAAUUGAUUAGUGGGGUAUCUAUAUUGGCAUAUUGGGCUUCAACAUAUAUGUGGGACUUCAUCAGCUUUUUAUUUCCUUCAUCAAUUGCAAUUAUUCUCUUUUCCGCAUUUGGUCUUGAGCAGUUUAUUGGAAAAGAAUCCCUCUUCCCCACCAUAAUGCUGUUACUGGAAUAUGGACUAGCAGUUGCAUCAUCAACCUACUGCCUUACCUUCUUCUUCUCGGAGCACAGCCUCGCACAGAAUAUAGUUCUGUUGGUCCAGUUCUUCAGUGGGAUUAUCCUCAUGGUUGUAUCAUUCAUAAUGGGGCUUAUGAAGUCUACAGAGCGGGCCAAUUCCCUUCUCAAGAACUUCUUCAGGUUGUCACCGGGAUUUUGCUUUGCCGAUGGAUUAUCUUCAUUAGCUCUUUUACGACAAGAUAUGAAGAAUGGAUCUGGUAGUAGAGUUUUUGACUGGAAUGUGACGGGUGCUUCCCUUUGUUACUUGGCUGCAGAGGCUGUCAUUUAUUUCCUUCUAGCACUUGGCCUAGAGCUCUUGCCACCUCACAAGAUAAAUUUAGCCACAGCUUAUGAGUGGUGGAUGAGUAUUAAACUUUCACUUGCAACUUCUGGCAGUUUGUCAGAGCCACUUCUGAAAUCAUCCACAGGAGAUGUUGCUCUUAAAGUUGAUGAAGACAUCGAUGUCCUUACAGAGAGAAAUAGGGUACUCUCAGGUUCAAUUGAUGGUGCGAUCAUAUAUUUGCGCAAUCUGUGCAAGGUUUAUUCGGGAGGAAAGCACAGGCUAAAAGUAGCAGUUGAUUCAUUGACUUUCGCAGUUCAGGAAGGAGAGUGUUUUGGCUUUCUAGGAACCAAUGGAGCAGGGAAGACAACCACCCUGUCCAUGCUUUCUGGAGAAGAACAUCCAACUAGUGGAAAAGCAUUUAUUUUUGGCAAAGACAUAGGUGCGAACCCAGAGGCUGCUCGUCGUCUUAUUGGUUAUUGUCCUCAAUUUGAUGCGCUACUAGAGUUUCUCAAUGCUCAAGAACAUCUUGAGCUCUAUGCCAGAAUAAAAGGAGUUUCAGAAUUUGAGCUCAAAGAUGUUGUUAGAGAAAAACUGGUAGAGUUUGAUUUGCUGAAGCAUGCCACUAAACCAUCGUUUGCCUUAAGUGGGGGAAACAAGCGUAAACUAUCUGUUGCAAUCGCAAUGAUCGGAGAUCCCCCCAUUGUCAUUCUUGACGAGCCAUCAACUGGUAUGGAUCCUAUUGCCAAACGAUUCAUGUGGGAGGUUAUAUCCCAGCUAUCAACCAGACGAGGAAAGACAGCUGUCAUUCUAACUACUCAUAGCAUGAAUGAAGCACAAGCUCUGUGUUCUAGGAUUGGGAUCAUGGUUGGAGGCAGGCUUAGAUGCAUUGGAAGUCCUCAGCAUCUAAAAACGAGAUUUGGGAAUCAUCUUGAACUAGAGGUCAAACCUACAGAAGUAAGCAUCAUGGACAUGGAAAAUCUAUGCCAAAUAAUACAAGAAAAACUCUUCGAUGUUCCAUGUCAUACAAGAAGUAUACUUGGUGACCUUGAAGUUUGCAUUGGAGCAAAGGACACUAUAGCAUCAGAAAGCACAUCAGUUGCAGAGAUUAGCUUAUCAGAGGAAAUCAUAGUUGCAAUUGGACGAUGGCUUGGGAAUGAAGAAAGAGUACGGGCUCUUGUAUCUGCAAGUGCGAGUAAUGCUUCAUCUGGGGCUACUGGUGAGCAGUUAUCAGAGCAGUUGGUCCGUGAUGGUGGUAUCCCACUGCCUGUAUUUUCGGAGUGGUGGUUAACCAAAGAAAAGUUCUCUGCUAUUGAUUCAUUUAUCCAAUCAUCAUUUCCUGGCACCACAUUUCAAGGUUGCAAUGGAUUGAGUGCUCAAUAUCAGCUGCCUUAUGAGGAAGACCUCUCUCUUGCUGAUGUUUUUGGUCACCUAGAGCGUAACAGAAAUUUACUGGGCAUCAAAGAGUACAGUAUCAGUCAAUCAACACUAGAGACAAUCUUUAACCAUUUUGCUGCUGCUAACACAUGAAAUAAAUACUAUUUAGCAUAACCUUAAGUGGAAGCUAAUCCCUUCUUGUUUUUAGAGUUUGAAGGGUCUUUUUCUUCCAAUAUAUAUGGUAAUUUUGCUGCAAGCAGUGGAGGAAUUCCCCUUGAUGCAGAUAGAAGAUUCGCUAUAGGCAUUUCUGUCCUCUCCACUAGGAGUAUUUUACCAAUAAAUGUAUUGCCUUUCACAGAUUACUGUGGAAGUAUAAAUCUGUCUUAUAUAAUGGAACUUUUUCAUUGCUUUAUCUCAUCAUUCA